AUGGUCGCCUUCUCCAACCUCUUCACUCUGUCCGUCAUGGCCCUGUGUGCCCAGAUCACCCAGGUCGACGCGGUUCCCCAACCUGCCGUCUCCCGGGCGGAAGCAUCCUCAGUUACUCAACGCUUCUCCUUCGCCAGAUGGGUAGAUGACAAGUUCACCAACCCCGACACUGCUCUUUCUCCGGAGCAGGCAUGGCAAGCGUACCUUGACUCGACAGCAGACAAGGACAAAGACGACGAUGUUUUGCCAGCUACUGCUAGUUCUGGGCCGGAAAAGCGUUGGGAUAGCCAGGUGAAGUGUAAUGAGAGGAACAGAGUGAAGGCAGUCGACGUUGUUCAGUGUAUUGAGAACCUGCAUAAGUCGGUCAAUAGGAAAGACCCGCACUGCCCUACACAUCCCGUCACACUCAUACCUAAGGACAAGGGCAAAAAGCACACCAUGCAGGCUUGGUGCCGUGUGAAUAAUCUCGUUGUCGGUCCGGACCUUUCGGAGGACUUGGGUCAGGACAAUUCGAAGUUGGCUAGUUGCGUGAGCGUGGCCCAAACCAUUGGUGCCAUCAUGGAUACGUGCACAACUGAAUCCGGCGAUGAGAAAUGGGUUUCGGGAUGGCGGGAGAAGGAUCUGACGGGUCUUAGAGUUGAAAUCAACGUUUUAGGAGCCCAAACGUUUACGAUUGGAUGA